AUUAUUGGCGUUACAUAACAUCAACAUCAGUAUUGUUACGUAACAAAAGCGAUAAUGUUACGUAACGUUACGUUGCAUCAAUGUAAUUUCAAUGUUGCUUCAAUGUAACAUUGUUAUGUUACAAUGUUAUGUAACAUUGCGAGAAAUAGAAACGUUCCAGUUACUUCCAGGUUACGUAACAAUAAUAUAACAACGUAACGUUGUUACGUAACAGUUUGUACAAUGUUACGUAACAAUGUUGACCGGGUAUUAUAAUAAAACUGGUGUGAGUAACAUAUAUGAAAGUUUUCUCCAGGAAAUUGUAACUAGGCGAUAUUGUUAGGAUGGACAGAGGCUCGGUAUAGUAGAGCAGUAAGCUUGAAACGGAAAGGUGAUUGCACACAAGCACUGAUAUGAAUGAUAAGCGUAUCACUUACUUCAAUAGUGUUACUGCUAAUAAUAUGAAGUGCGGAGCACAGAAAACACCUGGGCAAUAUCACAAUAGAUCUAAGCUCUGGUCGCAGUGAUGAGUCCACACAGAAAAAAAGCCAAGCUGAGUACCCGAUCUUGAUCGGGAGUCAAUAUUAGGUCGUGUUGUUAUGAUGGCUUUGCAGAUACUGAGGACUGGUUAAACUCGAAAAUAAAUGUUCCUUGUCCGAAAGCGCGAAACUGUGUUUAGCGAAACUGUUAGCGUCGCUAAAACUUUGGCCUUCGAAACGCUAAUCGCUAAUUCGCUAAAUUUUGUGGAGAAGCGACAAUAGAAAUAUUUAGGAAAACUGUGAAUUGCUGAUGGCGUACGUAAAUUGCUUCGAAAGAAGAACAUACUUUACUGCGAAAGUUACUUUUGUCAGUUUUUUUACCCUAGAAUGGAGUUCCAGUUAUCGUACAAGCCACGGGAGCAUUUUGAAGAACGAGCACAAGGUCUAGAUUGAAUUUUUGGCACACCAAGAACUUUGGUAAAUUGCAAUGCGCUUGAAAUUAUGACAACUUUGGUUCUACUUUUUCGACUCAGAUAAUAAUUGAAUUUUCAUGAAAACAUUCCUAAGAGUAUCUAUUAUCAAUGCAAGCUAAAUAACUUUUGUUAUUCUUGUUUUUACAAAAUCAAAUAUGAAUACCGUUUCGUGAACCUCUUACUGUAAAUAGCUUUAAAAAGUAAUUGUUUUCGUUUGUUCAACCAAAAACAGAUCAAAGUGAUCCAAAUCUUACAAAACACGAGCAAUAAAUAUAGCGAUAUGAUUUUUUAAGCUUUUGUCAGUGUAUAUUGAUAAUACAACAUGGAAUCAUGAUAAAUAAUAGUCAUCUGCAUCAAAUUAUAUCCACCUAGAAGUGAGGAGUUUACUUUUCACUGGAAUUAGAUCAUUACAUAUUCAAUGCCAAUAAAAAACUCAUGGAAAAUACUAGAAUGGUUUUCAGAUAACAUUAAAAAUGUAAAAAUAUCUCUGUUCUUGAAAAUUAAAAUAAAUUGGGUAAACGUGAAUAUAUUAAAAUUUCGAAGAUAGUGUAAAACAGUGUAUUUGACUAUUUUAACCUCUAAUAGACAUAUGUUGUUCCUUAAGCGAUUGAUUCAAUUGCUAGGUUUGUCUAGUUUUCUUUGCUUUUUGGCAAAAAUACUGCUUUAACCAACCAUGUUAUUUACGAAAAACACAUCAAAAAUAAGAUACUCACUAUUUAAAAAUAUAUUCGGUAGAUUUGGCUUAAAGUUACAUUUAUAUUUUCAAUGCGCUUUUGCGCUGUCCUAUUGAGUAUAAAAGCAACAAUACUUGCCUUCGCGCAUAUCGUGGAGCUUCUAAUAAUGUGCGUGCAUAAUGCUGCUUCACAAACACAUUCUUAUGUUUCUCUUAUGUCUAAUCCACCACGAGUCGUGACGCUCAAAUCGCGUUCUGUUUCUUCGCAAGUGACACGCUUUGACUAUUGUUUCGCUACACCGCUUUGAACAAUUGAUUCGAGAGUGUAUUGCAAAAAGUAAACAAACGAUGGGAAGGACUCAGAAAGAACGAAUUGUACCUAAGACCGCUUCUGAACGAAUGAAGCAGUAUCGGCAAAAACAAAAACCGAAGAAUGCCGAUCAAUUCAAAAUACAAGAAGGCUGAACUGAAACGUAACCAGAGAGCAAAGUUGUCUCCAGCACAGAAACAACUCAUCAACUUCAAAAGGCGUCAAAGUCGCCUAAACGCUUCACUGCAAAGUGGAUUCGACAUGCCCUUAAAACCCCAUACGCUGCUUCUAGUUUUGCAGGAAAAGCGCUGGCUAAAGCUCUUCGUGGACUACCGGAAAAUGAACCCUACAGAAAGUAUAUCUGGCAACGCAUUGGUCUCGACAGUGGAUAUUUGAAGCCAAGUGAUAUCAGUAGCACCAAAGCACGUUCUCCAUCCCAAAGCCAGGUUCGAUCCGCAUCAGUUAGACAUGAAUUGGAGAAUUCUGUAAAAAAAAAUUUUUCACGUCGAGAUGUUGUUUAUACAACUCCAGGAAUGAGUCGACGUGAUUUCGUCACAAUUGAAAAUGAUAAUGGUGAUAAGGUGAAACAGACAAAGGUUUACCUUACCAUGUUUCUUAAUGAAGCUUACGGGAUUUUCGUUGAAGAGAAUCCCGAUAAAACCAUUUCGUUUUCGAAAUUUUGUGAACUCCGUCCCAAAAACGUAUUGCAGCUAAGAGACACACCCUCAGAACAAUGCCAAACGCACGAAAAUUUUCGAUUGGCUCUAUACUCCCUUGGCAUAACAUACAAUAAAGAGUUCUGGUCGAAUACUCUGUGCAAUUCUGAAGUUGAUUCUGUGUGCUGGAGCCUCAUGUGUCCAGACUGCUCAAAUGGAACCAAAAUAACUCAUUUGAAGCAAAAAACCGACCUUGUAAAUCGUGGGGUCUGGACAAAAAUAUCUUCAAAGCGCAUUCAACGCGUAAAAGAGUUGGUUCCUGUCCACAAAAUAGAAACAGAGCUUCGUCUAAUGUGGGAUCAAUUCGUAAACCAUGUGCGAGUCAAACGAAUGCAGUACGCUCAUUUUCAAACUGAUCAACUGGCGCAAGGCGUUAGGAUCAUUAAUAUUGACUUUGCCAUGAACUUGGCAGCUGAAGGGCAGGAGGAAAUACGAAGUACCCUCUGGUCAAGAGCGUCGGUGGUUCUGUUUACUGUUGCCAUACAAUACAAUCAAGAAAUCAAGUUCCUGAUUUUGGUAUCAGAUUAUAAGGCGAAGGACAAAAAUGCUAUAUUCGCCUAUCUCGGUUAUAUUUUAUCUUAUCUUGGGGAUGUUGAAAAUCCUGAAAUUCGUGAGGUCAUUUGGAGCGAUGGGCCAUCAUCAGAAUUCAAAAACCAAUGCAUGUGCACGGCUCUUAAAUAUUUCGCGAAGAAAUAUCUUAAAAUGUUUGAGUGGAAGUAUUUCGCAACAUCGCAUGGUAAAGGGCUCUGCGACGCUGUUGGUGGAAAAGCGAAGAUGGUCGUUCGUGAAAAAACCCUGGUACGGGGUUUUAGAAUUGAUGCGGUCAACAACGCUGCGGAUUUUGUACGCAUUUGCCAGAAUAACCUUCCGGGUAUCCGAACAGUAGAAAUUAAACCUUCGGAAAUUAUCGCCCUAAACUCCCGUAAAAACCUAUGGGAGUCUUCUUCCCCAGUUAAAGGAAUCAAAUCUGCCUAUCACCUUUGUGCAUUUCCAGAUGGAACACUUACUAUCGAUUGAUAUAGUUACAACAUUCAUUCGAUUUAUUUACAUAUUUAAUGUGAUAUUGAAGGAUUUGCCACAUGACAGAGAAUGAAACAGAAACCUAACGUACACUACAUAUACUCUGGUAAUGUUUUUACUUCUAGUCAAAAAUUGAAAACGUAUUAUACCCAAACGAUAUACCUAAAUAUCAAACGAUGGAAACUCGUUGGUCUUUAAUGCUAAAACCUCCGAAACACGAAAACAACC